AUAAAAUCAAGAAAAGAGUCAAAAGAGAACCAAAAAUUCAGAAAAGUCGAACUCAAUUUCUUGCAUUCCAGAUACUGAGUUGUCACAUCGAUCAUGUCAGGGUUACUAAAGUCACGGUAUGCUCUGUGCCUUACCUGCCUGAUUCUAGACUUGACAAGGAAAAAGAAAAAGCAAAAGGGAAUCCUUGCAGGACGUGCCAAGUUUCCAACUCAUUCAUACUUGGUCAACAACAACAACAACAACAACAGCCACGGACGCAUUUCAUUCUCCGUCUGUGCCGUUCUCCACCAAAUACACUCCGGGCACGGUGCAGUUCUCAUCCCUAUCCUAUCAUUGCCGGAUCUGCAUCUCUAUACUAGUAUCCUCAUUCCUUUGUUUCUCCUGGACCAAACCAGCCAUGCUCCACAGUUCAUUCAUCUCAAAUUAGAAAAAGAGCGUCCAUUGGGCGGUUGUCCGAUGCAUCCAUGGCAGCAGGGAAAAGUUUUGGUCGGGUCCAGUCCGACAUCCGAUCGAUUAGGACCACCAGGUUACCAGAGCGUUUGGAGCCCCUCCAUCCAUGCUCGGUUACAUGACCAUCUCCACGUUGAUCAAACAGACUACAUGCAGGAGGUGAAUCCCCACUUCUAUACCAUGCCGUGCGAGGUCCCGUUCCGGUCGGUGUACCAGUCUACAACACUGAACCGAGUGAGAGUGGAGAAGAGCGGAGACCAGAUCGGGUGGAACAGCAGGCACGCGAAACAACCAGCUACUCGGUUGCGAUGGUUCGGCCCAGAGUUACCAUUUUAGGUGAUUACCCUCAACUGUAUUUGGGUAAGGGUGGUUGUUAUACAGUUCCGAUCCACCAAGUUACAACAAUUUUUCAUGCUGACCAAUACGAGGAAUUAUAUAGAAAAUGCAGUA